AUGAGUCCGGAAUCAAGCUCUAGCUCUGGUACCAAUGUAGGUCGAGCAGCGUCUCCAGCAACCUUGGAGAUAGAAUCUGCCAGGAACUGUGUUGGGCGGGUGUAUAAUUUUAAGCCGUAUAAAAAAUGGAGCUUGGAUACGCACCAUGAAGUUGACAGAGAAUGGCUGUAUCAACAUCACCCAGUGGUCGUCAUACACCGGCAGUCAGAUGGGCAUGUUCAUAUUGUCACCAUCACCUCGUCUAUCGACAAAACCGUUGACCCCCGAAUGUACAUACCAGUCUCUGGGAAUCAUUGGGAUACUACCGAUAAUCGAGCAAAGGUAAAUCUAGUCGGCACAGAGACGGAUGCAUCUGAGAUGCCGAAACCUCGGAGCUAUGUGAGGCUGGAUUCUAGGAAACAAGUCCCAUUUGACGUUCUACAGGAGUUCCACAGUCACAGUGGGGAACAUUACCAGCUAUCAUUGGAAUCCACUAUAAUGCUGUGGGAUUCUGUCAUGGACGCAGAGAGGGGAUUCACAUCGGGACAGGGGUUGGAGUAUCAAAAUGCUGAAAAGAGAGCGGCAUUAGCUGUGUCUGACUAUGUUAAUAAAUGGGCAAGCGUGAAACAGGGCGAGAAACAAAUCCGUGUGCUACGGGUGCUCCAAGAAAAGGUUAGAACGCUUGCGGGGGUGGUUGACGAGUGCCUUGAUCAGUACUGGCUGCAGCCGCAGCAAGAACUAGAACGAAGUCUCUCCGAGAAAGAACGAGCUCUUCAAGAUGCGGUGCGCGAGCAGGGUUUUCGCAUCAAAAACCGAGCAGACCAUAUCCCGGUCGCAAUUGCAGUAGAAGCCGAGGCAGCCAGACGCGUGGAAACCGAGUUUAUGAUUAACCAAAACAACAAGGCCGGAAAACGCACUCCGGCGCAGAAUAAAUUGCUUAAGGAACUUAAGAAGGUAGUUAAAAAUGUAAUCAGAGGGGAGCUUCAGAGACAGGGGUGGGAUGAAGGUAUGGGUAGCAACGGAAGUACCACAGAAGAAAAGAGAGCUGCAAAGCUUGCUAAAAAGGAGCGUAAAGCACUGAAAGCGAGGAACAUGGCCAUGGCGCCUGACAUCCCUCUGGACUGGGAGGCAGUAGAAUCCACUCUAACAGAGGCCGGUUACGCUGAUGAGGAUCUGGCGUUUUUGGAAUGUGUAAGGCUUUGUCAGGCAGGAUAG